UAAGCGCCCAUAAAUUUACCGAGGCUACGCUUGGGCUACGAAAUAUUGGUGAUCUGGCAUGGUUGGUAUAGCACCCUCAAUUCCUUCCCUCAGGCCUCAUUUCUCACUAUGUUCUGCAUAAACCACGACUGGUUAUCUAUUGCGGAAGCGGUGUGUCUAUGGAUGCCAUUCGCACCGGCAGAGGGGCAGAGUCCGUGGCAGGCCUACGCUGACUCCGUUGCGCAAGGUAAACGCAUAUGUAGACCGACCAAGUGUACGGUCAUAUAUUUUACAGUAUGCUAUGAGGUGUACCACCUGCUGUGGCAUUUUGCUGGCGAUAGGAACUGUGGAUUGGUGCCGUCUCGCACAUUAAGGCGGGGCCGAGUGUGUGGAGGACGCUUGUCACAAAGCACUAGCGUAGAUUCUGUGCACUACAGGGCGCAACAUUCAGUACUUUCAGGCGAUAUUGAAAACGAUGCAAAACACACCAUGCACGUCGUAAGAUGCAUCUCAUUCCACACUCGUGCAAUCCUUCUCCCUCACGCCGGAAUCAUCAUAUCUCCCCACGUCCGGAUGGCAGUAAUGCCACCAAAGAAGACGACCAGCCCCGUCAGGAUACUGAUGUUCCCGGGCAGCUUUUCAGGUGCCCAGACCUCCUCGCGCAUGAAUGCAGAGAGCUUGGACUCGUUCGGGUCGUGGAGGGCGCCGCGACGCGCGGGUGGGGCGGAGUGCAGAGCGACGGGCCAUGGAUGAAGUUGGUGGGUAAUGGGCUGAGGAACGUCGACGACGGCGUGAACAACGUGAAAGACGUCCACCUUUGUGCUGGUGACGAGUGGGUGGUA